GAUAAUUCAAAAAGAUGUAUUUUAUUUUAUCAUGUUCACUGCUGGGUUGAUAUUCUAAAAUAAUAUUUUCUCUUCACCAGGAAACCAUCGCAGUAUGUGAGGAACCUCCCCAAGAGAUCGGAGAGGAAAUACCAAAGGAAUCUAGUGUUGGUAUCAGCCAGCACCAAAACUUGGACGUGGGCAUUAAAAAUAAUGAAGAAAGCCUCCAAGUCUCCAAUAAGGAGAAUGAUACUUAUCACUUUCAAGAGAAAUACCCGGAACCCGAAAGAAUCUUAAAACUAGGAAAGGCUAUCGGAGAAGGUGGCUUUGGCGUGGUUCAUAAGGGUUGGCAUCAGAUCAAAAACAGACAAGUGGCCAUAAAAAUAAUAAAAGACCUGGAGAAUGAAGAAAUAAUCAGAAAUGAAUUAGAAAUCCUUGAGAAAGUUUCAGGCCACGAAAAUAUCAUCACCUUCCAUGGGGCUUUCUACCAAAAGCCCAAUGUGAGGAAUUCGCAAAAUGAAGGAUUAUGGAUUGCUAUGGAGUUUUGUGCCGGUGGGUCAAUAUAUGACUUAAUGGAGACCAAAAAGGAUUAUUCAUUAGGAGAGAGAUGGAUCUCCUAUAUCUGCAAGGGGGUUUUACAGGGCCUGUGUCAUCUACAAGACCUGAAAAUGAUCCACCAUGAUCUUAAACCCGAGAACCUCAUGUUAACCAGAUCUGCAGACAUAAAGAUAAUUGAUUUUGGCCUUGCCACUGUUGGAGAGACAAGCAUUAGCGUCGCUGGAACAGCGACAUAUAUGGCACCAGAAGUGUUUGCAUGCUGUCAAGACAACUAUGUUGGAUAUGAUAAUAAGGCCGAUGUGUGGUCGCUGGGUAUCAUAGCCAUUGAAAUGGCAGAAGGAAAUGCCCCACACAGCGAACUAACGGAAAUAAAAUUCAUCAAAAGAGUCAUUCAUGGUCCCCCUCCAAAAUUGACGUGGACCAGAUGGAGUGUCACAUUCCACGACUUUAUUUACCAAUGCCUGAAGAAAGAUCCAGCAAAGAGACCAACUGCAAAGCAGCUCCUGUCACACCAAUUUAUCGCAGGCAUGUGGGAUGAAAGGGAUGUAAAGAUACAAAUUUCAAAGCACCUACAGAAAUGUAAGGAAGCAAAGCGUUGAAGCUAUAAAAGAAGAAGAACAAAAUCGCGGCACCAUGUAUGUUGGGGGCAGCCAUUGGGGGGGAGGGACAGGGGCAGAACUCUAGGGGCCCAUCCGUUAUACUUGUACUGGGCCCCAAUGGUUCCCCGAUGGCAGCCCUCCAUAGAGUCAAAUGUACUCUUCUUGAUAAAUAACAGUCUUCAAGGACUUAGAGACAAAGAGAAAGAAAUACGGAACUGAGAAGAGGACAUGACCCAGUAUGUUAGUGCAUCUGAUGCACUGCGUCUGAGAACUGGGGGCUUAAGCUGACUGACAAAAAUAUUACUUUUUUGUCAUAUUAUUUAUUCUUAACAUUUUUUGCAUAAUGCAAAAAUGUAUUCAGCAUUG